GCAUUGCAUAAUCUGCACCGUUUGUUCCAGCCUCGUCUUCACAUGGUCUUCACAUGCUUAUCAGGAGGCUAUCCCCAACGCCAUUGGGCCACCACAACCAGGGUUGGCUGCAUAGCCAUGUCAAUCCAAUCAACUGGCGGCUUGUAGCGCUGCCUAAUCCAUUGAUAAACAUACCCGCAAAUAUGCAUAAGCGAUGUCUGCGUGUUUAUCGGUGUGGUCUCGAAGCGGGGCAUAUAUUAUGACAACUCCGAUUCCCAGCGACACGAUGAAUUUCUCAUUCAAACUAUUCAAGGAUGCCAGAGCCAAUACACGACCGACCGGAUAACUAUCCAACACUCAGCCUUCCGUUACUUCUCUGAGAUCCGAGGACGAUGUUGUUGUGGUCGGAUCAGGCUAUGGCGCCGGUGUCGCUGCCAGCCGGAUGGCGCGGGCAGGGAAGAGUGUCGCGGUGCUCGAACUAGGCUGGGAACGACAACCGGGCUCGCUCCCACACACACUCCGCCAGUGCAUGCGGGAAGCCGCAAUCUCGGGAGCACAAGCGACAAGUGGCCUCCUCGGAAAACUGCCACUAUCUGGCGAGACGAAGCUGUUUCAGCUUAAGUUGGGAGACGGACAGCAUGCAUUUUGCGCUCAUGGUCAGUCUCAAACUCGCACUAUGAGCAGAGCUGACCGAACUAGGACUCGGGGGCGGCUCACUCGUCAACUCGGGCGUGUUCCUCGAAGCGACGGAAGCACGUUCAGAAUGAGCCCCUGGCUGGCAGAGAUCAGGGAUCAUCCUAGCUCAAUGAAAGAGUCCAUCACCAUUCCCGGAGAGUCAUCCAACGCCGAGAAAGCUGGAUCAUCUCGAGGAAGCGGCAAGAUUACUGGGGCAGGAGAAGCACUUUUCCCGCGUUCCUCUAACUACGUUCUUCAAGCACGGACGAAAGUCCACUGGCAUCUCGAUGCGCCCGAACAAGGGGUCUGGGCACGAGACUACAGGUCUCAAUGACGGCUCAAAAAACUCAAUCUCUGCCACAUAUUUGGCUGAUGCCUGGAACUGGGGCGCGGAGAUCUUCUGUGGCUGUGAAGUGUGAUUUGUCGAGAAAGCGGCAGAGGGACACGGGUACAUCGUGUACUUCGUUUGGCAUGAUAAGGGCAGGGCUGCUUUCAGCGAGAUGGAUAGACAGCUAUUCUGGG